AUGACGUAUUAGUAAAUCAUUUUUGUUGUCCUUUUAUGCUAUUUUGUGCACGGCUAAGAAUAUGUUCAUGAGUUAGGAGAGAACAUUUUUCAAUAUACAAGGGUUUCUUAUUGUUCUAUUGAUGUAAUUAAUUAAUGGGAUUGCGAGCCUUGCAAAAGGCAUCCAAACAUGAAACACAUCUAGGUUCAUAAUAAUGAAGAAGCAUAAGCAUAAGGUUAUUGUGCUUAUGAUGAGGAUUUAAAUAGAAUAGUUGUUGCUAUAAGAGGAAGUGUAAACGCUGUGAAUUACUUAAAUGACUUAGAUUUUAUAAAAAGAGAUUACUAAUACUGUUUAGGAUGUAAGGUUCAUUAAGGAUUUUAUGAUACCUAUUAAAAUAUAGCUGAGGGUCUUGUAAAUUGUGUCUAAGAUUUAAAUAUUCUCUAUCCAGAUGCAGAAAUCCUAGUAACUGGUCAUUCAUUAGGAGCAGCUGAAGCAACUUUUGCCGCACUUGAAAUCAAAAGAACAGUUGGAAGGAUCAACAUAUUUUAUAACUAUGGAACUCCAAGGAUAGGAAAUGACAAAUUUGCCGAUUACGUUGAAUCUGAAUUAAAAGGAUUAUUCUUAGCUAGAAUUAUUAGAGAUAAAGAUACCUUUCAACAUACUCCUUUGCCUGGACAAGGAUUUUCUCAUUAUGGAAACGAAAUAUUCUAUGAUGAAAACAUGUUGAAUUUCAAGAUUUGUGGUAGAGAAGAUUCCAAAGUAAUUCAUUUUAUUAAUAUAGUGUGGAAAUAAAUAUAUUUGGCCAACCUAAUGGAAACUUGACCAUCAUUUAUAUUUAUAUGGCCAAUGUGCAGGAUGCACUUAAGAAGGAUGUGAAAAAAUUUUGAAAUUAUAUUCAUGA